AUGCCACCUACGGAACGACCGAUGGAGCCCUUCAUGGGGUACUUCCACCAGCUCAUGGUCGAGUGGAACCGAGAAAGACAAGUGGCGCUGCGCUGCCGAUCUUGUCGCCACUGCCAGGUGGACUUCCACGCGCUGGGCCUGUGCUUCGUGGUGCUCACCGUCCUCUGCAUCGUGCUCGCGUCACUCGUGGUCUACAAGCGGCGAAGGCGCCUCGGAGCCAAGCUCAAGCCAGACGCUGUGACCGUCGUUCGAGCAGAGAGGUACAUCACGACCGAAACGCUCAACGGUCACGUAAGGGGCGUCAUCGAAAACGUCGAUGGCGUAGACGUGGAAGCAUACUUGGGCAUUCCAUACGCGGAACCACCCGUUGGGGAGCUGAGGUUCAGAAAACCAGUGCCAGUAAAAUCGUGGCACCCGACGACUCUGGACGCACUAAAGUUCGGAAGCCCCUGCGCCCAAGCCAAUGGUUCUUUUCCUCCAGUUCCUUGGCUCGUAAACCGAGACCAAGUCAGAGAGGACUGUCUCUACUUGAACGUGUGGAGCCCUCUAAGGAGGCCCAAGCUACUGGGAGUUCUCUUUUGGAUUCAUGGCGGGGGCUACAGAACUGGAACCACCUCGGAGUCCCUCUACGACGCCAAGACACUGGCGGCUGUGGGAGAUAUCGUCGUUGUCUCGAUCAACUUCAGAGUCGGUUCUUUCGGCUUUCUCUACACUGGUCCGGGGUCAUCCAGCGGUAAUUACGCUCUCUGGGACCAACACCUCGCCCUCCUCUGGGUGCGGGAGAACAUCGGCCUGUUCGGAGGCGACGCUAAACGAGUGACCGUUUACGGCGAAAGCGCCGGUUCGAUAGGAAUCGGCGCGCUGCUCGUCGCUCCUUGCAACGCCGGUCUCAUUCACCGUGCCAUCAUGUCCAGCGGAAGCAACUACUGGCUGGUUCCGCCGCAGAAUGUCGUCGGCCACACGUACACCGACCGAAUCGCUAAGUACGUUGGAUGCCUGGACCCGUCGAAGCCGUCGUCGAAGACUCAUCCAAAGGAGGUCGUAGAAUGUCUUCGCAGGGUGCCCGUCUCGAAGAUCAUUGAUGCCGAGGAAACCCAGUUUUCUCUAGACCUGGUAACAUUCACUCCUUCCCACGGAGACGACUUCCUACCGGUGCCGGAGCUGGAAGCCAUUGCUCGGGGGCUGUUCAUUCCUCUGGAAAGCAUUCUUGCGGGAAGCAUGGCGCAGGAAGGCAGCAUGUUCAUCUACUUCCGGGGUCCGUCCUUCGCUAAGGUCACGUCCGGACCCAAACUUUCGAAGCAAGAGGCAGCUGACUUCGCAGCGCGCCACUACUUUAGCUUCUUGCCCAAGGCGACACAGUCAAUGAUCACCAGCAGCUACAUGCGUCGCGUACCUGGCGUCAAUGACUGGGCAGGGAACCUUCGAGCGCUGAUGGACACACUAGGCGAUUUUCUCAUCUUCUGUCCGACAAAAUUCUACGCCGAAGCGUUUGCCAAAAUGAACCAUCCCGUCUACUUCUAUGUGUUCGACUACCCAAACAAGCGCGGUCUCUGGCCUCCCUGGAUGGGUGCGACACAUUUCGAGGACCUCCAAUUCACGUUCGGAAUGCCUUUCCGCUUUCCCGAGCGCUACUCGGACGCUGACCGCGAUCAGAGCAAAGCCUGCAUGGAAGUGAUAGGUUCUUACGUCAACACUGGCAACAGAAAACUUCUUCCCGACUCUGCGCCCACUCUCUUUGAGGACUCUCUUUCCUACAUGAAACCAAGUGUAAAGAAGCCCGCGAAGAUCCUGCUUCUCGAGCUUCGCCCCGACGCCAAACAUCAAGGAAGCAAAAAGUGGAGACCAAUGAACAAGACCUGGAUGUUGCGACUUCACAAGAUGCUUUCACUGAGCAAGAAGCAGAGGCCUACGGUGCCCGGAGGUGGCGAGUGGCCCGUGUUCACCAAACAGCAACCACUGCACGUCUUCUGGCGUGCCGUCAAUGCGAGCAUCGGAUCGGACUUCCACGGAGAAGGAUGCGACAUCUACCGCAUGCUGUACAAGCUUCUGGGGGUCCCAGCGCCCUGA